CAACCGCAGCCGCCCUUAAUAAUUUUUACUCCAAAGCCCAUCUUUAAAACCCCAAGUAUUCCUCACUGUCUUCACAACUCUUGAAGUUUUGCAUAACACAACAGAGAGGAAAAACAAAACAAUUGAUCAGUGUAGUGGAGUGAGUGAGUGAUUUGUUAAUUAGUUAAGUACAUACGUAGAUUGAGAAAGAGAGCAGAAAAGAUGACUGUGUCGCCUUGUGUCACUAUCUCCACUGCCAAAAACAAUGGCCGAGUCCUCAUCGUUGGUGCCACGGGAUUCAUAGGCCACUUCGUCGCCGAAGCUAGCCUUCUCCUUGGCCGGCCCACCUAUGUUCUCCUCCGCCCCGGUUCAGCUUAUAACCCUGCUAAGGCUGCUACUCUCAGAGCUCUUCAAGACAAAGGAGCCAUGAUUGUGCAUGGUCUUAUAAAUGAGAAGGAAUCGAUGGAGAAGAUACUCAAGGAGCAUGAGAUUGAAAUAGUGAUAUCAGCUGUUGGUGGGAAAAACAUUAUGGAUCAGCUCAUCCUCUUGGAGGCCAUUAAAAGGGCUGGCACUGUGAAGAGGUUUUUGCCGUCGGAAUUCGGACAUGACGUGGACAGAGCAGACCCGGUGGAGCCAGGGCUGACUAUGUACGAGGAGAAGAGGAAGGUGAGGCGCAUGGUUGAAGAGUCAGGUGUGCCCUACACUUACAUUUGCUGCAACUCCAUCGCUUCUUGGCCCUACUAUGACAACACUCAUCCCUCUGAGGUUCUUCCACCGUUGGAUAAGUUCCAAAUCUACGGUGAUGGCACCGUCAAAGCAUACUUUGUUGCUGGCACCGACAUUGGAAGAUUAACAAUGAGAACAGUUGAUGAUGUUCAAGCCAUAAAUAAGAAUGUUCAUUUUCGACCAUCCUGCAAUCUUUACAAUAUCAAUGAAUUAGCUUCACUUUGGGAGAAGAAGAUUGGCAAAACCCUUCCAAGAGUUACCAUUACUGAAGAUGACCUACUCACAGCAGCUGCUGAGAAUUGCAUACCAGAAAGUAUAGUGGCAUCAUUCACUCAUGACAUCUUCAUCAAAGGGUGUCAGAUCAAUUUUUCUAUUGAUGGUCCUAAUGAUGUGGAAGUGGAAACUCUUUACCCAGAAGAAACUUUCAGGACCAUUGAUGAGUGCUUCAGUGACUUUCUGCUGAAAUUAGAGGAUAAAAAGGCAGCGGAUGAAGCUGUUUCUGCCAAAACUCAUGUCCUUGAGCCCAUUCCAAUUGCUGCCAGUUGCGGUUGACUGUCUUAUAAAUAUAACUGUAUCAUUUAUUUAUUUUCGUGUUUAAUUAAUUAGUGGGCGAACAAGAAACUUGUUUUCUGUUGGAGUCAAAAGCCUUUGUUAUGAGGAGGAUUAUGUACUAUCGAUCCUUUAAGUAUAAUUUGUUUCGAGGUCAUUAUGAGGAAAUACAUAAGAUGAUCUCAGUGUUGAGAAUAGUUCAUUGUUGAAUAGUCAGUCCAUUUGUAAUUCAAUGUAUGGUAUGGUUAUCACGGAGUAUGAACCAACUCGUGUGACUGUGAUUCUAUCAAAUGCUUCGUAAAAUAAUGAAAUUUAUCUAUCUCAAUUACUUGUUAA